UUCUUUUUCUCUAUUUUUUUUUAAAGUAUGGAUGCGCCCUGGAGUAACAAAGAAACACUUAAAAAAUCAAACAAGUUAGAACGCUUGUCAAACGAGAUCAAGGACUUUGAAAGCUAUAUUGCACCUACAAAGAAAGAACAGCUCAAUAGAGAUACAUUAUUGUAUUCCAUUACACAAUUGGUCGAUUCUUUAUGGCCAGGCAAUACGGUCACUCCAUUUGGUUCUAGUGUUACAGGUCUACAGUUUCCAGCAAGUGAUAUUGAUCUCAAUGUCAACUUUGAAGUCUUACCAAAAAAUAAUCCAAUUGAUGUACUCAAAGUGAUUCGAAAACAAGCUGUUUCACGCCAUAUCUUACCAAACUAUUCGACGCGACUUGUGGCGAAUGCUAAGGUGCCUGUUUUGAUGGCUACAGAUGAAAAUCAAGUUUCCAUCGAUAUUACAGUACAGAAUGAAUGUUUUAGUUCUGAUCGUACAGCUGUUUGGCUUAAAGAAUACCCCAUGCUAAAGCCGUUGUUUAUGGUGCUUAAACUAUCAAUAGCAAACUACCGAAUCUCAAGUUUACCUACAUUUGAGCCCAUGUCUGCCAAAACAGCAGGACUUGCAAGUUAUUCACUGAUAUGUAUGAUUGUGAGUUAUAUUCAGCUUCAAGCAUCAUCACAACAUCCUUCUGAUCCAGAAUAUUAUGCAAAUCUCUUGCUUGGAUUCCUGGAUUUUUAUACUGAAUUUGAGAACACACGUCAAGCUAUUUCAUUAGAGGGUAAAGGAGCUUAUCUCGCCAAGAAUCAGACAGACAUUAAGAUUGAUACAAAGCCAGGAAGACUCACCAUCAUUGAUCCAGAUGUGUCAAAUGCCAAUGUGGCUCGUAGUACAUUUCGAUUUGACACAUUAAAAACUAUCUUUGCUAAAGCACGUGACGACUUGCGCAAACGCAUAUCCAACAGUACAAAAGGAGAGUCAAUUCUGUCUUCUAUUCUCCAGGUUCAAUCUCAUUACUUUGGUGAACCAAGAAGUGAAGGUGCACGAUUUAGAGUAAGACAGAUCUGGAUCAACACAGGCGAAGCACCAGUUAAAUUUCCCCGGAAGAGAUUUAAUCAGGCUUAUCGUCCUAACCUUCAUGUUGCUGGCCACCGUUAUGAAGAUGAAAGAAAGCCAUAUAGAGGCGAAAGACGUUACAAUCCAUACAACAAUAACAAUAACAGUCCACAACGAUCGUAUAACAAUUCAAGAGAAGAAAGUUAUGAUCGAGAGUAUCAGCGCCAUAAGAAGAACAACAAUUCUCAUUUAGCUCAACAUUACAAAAACAAAGCAGAUCGAGCCAAGAGAAGAUGAUGGACUGUAAUGGCAAUAAAUCUUGACUGAAUGAAAUAUUAAAACGAGACUUGUGCAUUUGAAUACAGUUUGAGAGCAAUCUGUCUUUCCUGCAUAGGAUGAGGAGAAGAAUUCCAGCUUAUCAUGUAUUGAAACAUCUUUUUCUCCCUGGUCUUUGUUCUUUAGGGAGGAAAGGCUAAAGAGAGAUUGAUAUGAUUGAUGUGUGCUUUAUUUGACAGUAUUUCGAAUGCAUUCAGUGUAAAUACAUUGCAGAAAUUAUCAAAUUUAUUUGUUUGUCAAAAUGAUUAAGUAAAGC